UUGACAGUGUUUACUCUGUGAAAGAUUGUCGUUUACGCGUAGGUAUCGUGAAAUAUGGGAAAAUUGAACGUCACAAUUUUACGGUACUUAACGCGGGAUGAUUUCCGCGUUUUAACUGCGAUUGAAAUGGGAAUGAAGAAUCAUGAAUUGGUACCUGCGUCACUGGCAGCCCAAAUAGCCAAUUUACGAUAUGGAGGCGUUCAUAAGUUAAUGAGGGAGUUGUGCAAGCACAGACUUCUUAGUUACGAACGUGGCAAACAUUACGAUGGUUACAGAUUGAGAAAUUCCGUUUGUUUGAAACUGCACAGAUUAGGAAGAACGUGUUUUAGAAAUAUCAAAGGCAAAAGAGAUUAUCAUCAACAUAGAAAAUCGGUAUCGUGGUUAUAUUUGUCGAGGAUAUCUGCGACAAGGGAGUUUGCUUAUAUGAAAGCGCUUUACGACAGAGGAUUUCCAGUACCUAAGCCGAUCGAUCUUAACAGACACUGCGUUCUCAUGGAGCUGGUUGAAGGUGGACCUUUAUGCGGCGUGUAUCAAGUGAACGAUGUUGAAUCCCUUUAUGACGAAUUAAUGAAUAUUAUCGUUAAACUUGGAAAUCACGGAGUUAUCCAUGGCGAUUUCAAUGAAUUUAACGUUAUGAUUACAAACGAUGGAAAACCGAUUAUCAUCGACUUUCCACAGAUGAUUUCGACAGAGCAUAUCGACGGUAAAAUGCAUUUCGAGAGAGAUGUGAAUUGUGUGCGGGAUUUCUUCAGAAGACGUUUCGCCUACGAAAGUGAAUUGUUUCCAACGUUUGAAGAUAUUUCGAGAGAGGAUUGUAUAGACGCGGAAAUUAAGGCCAGCGGUCUGACCAAACAAAUGGAGAAAGAUCUUUUAAGGGAAAUGGGAAUAGCCGGAAAUGAAGACGAGGAUGCUGUAGAGGCAGGAAACGAAUCCGACGAAGUAACUGGUUCCACAGAUGAAGAUGAAGUUAGUUGUAUGCAACUCCAAGUCGAGGAUUCUGUGAAUAACGAAUUAUCGGGAUUACGUAACGUCAAGUUUUCUUCGAUAUCGGCAAGGAAUGGGAUAGAUGAUGUAACUAGUCCAUGUUUGGAAAGUGAAUUUUUGGACAAAGCUGUUAGAAACAUUGAUCUAAAUAGUACAUUAACCAACGCUGAGAACGAACAGUUGAGCGUUCAGAAUGUAAAUCUGGAUAAAAAGUCAGACAAUUCGUUCGAUUUUACCGCGAAAGCAAUCGAUUCGGAAAACGCACACUCGGAAAAUGAUAAAUUAGAGUACGAUUUAAGAAGUAUGUACAGUACUACGACAACCACCACGAUCGCUCCGGAAUUGAUUAAAAAAAAGGUGAAGGCGGCAUUACAGAGACGAAACAAGAAAGAACAAUCCAGAAGAAUUCUCGUGAAAGGCGAAGCAAACGCGACAACCAGAAUUAGAAGAGACAACAGAGAUACUGUGAAGCAAUCGACGGGAAUAUGGGGAUGGGAAUAACAUACAGUAAUGAAUGGUACCAAUCGUGGAUGAUUAAUACCAUGGGAUCGAGCAACCGAAAC